AUGGAGAACUGCAAUCACACUGCAAUGACCGAGGUGACUGAAUUUAUUCUCAUGGGGAUCACUGAUAACCCUAGGCUGCAGACGCCCCUCCUUGGAAUCUUCCUCAUCAUAUACUUGGUCACAGUGAUGGGCAAUCUGGGCAUGAUUAUCGUGACCCAUUUGGACUCCAAGCUACACACCCCCAUGUACUUUUUCCUUAGACAUUUGUCGAUUACUGAUCUUGGCUACUCCACUGUCAUUGGCCCCAAAAUGAUGGUUAACUUUGUGGUGCACAAAAACACCAUUUCCUACAAUUGGUGUGCCACCCAGCUAACAUUCUUUGAGAUUUUCAUCAUCACUGAACUUUUUAUUCUAUCAGCAAUGGCCUAUGACCGCUAUGUAGCCAUCUGCAAACCUCUUCUCUAUGUGGUCCUCAUGGCAGAGAAAGUACGUUGGGGGCUGGUACUUACUCCCUAUCUCUACAGCACAUUUGUGUCUCUAUUUCUCACAAUUAAGUUAUUUAAAUUGUCCUUCUCUGGCUCUAACAUGAUCGAUUAUUUUUACUGUGACAGUCUCCUUCUGAUGUCUAUGCUCUGUUCUGACACUCGUGAAUUAGAGUUGAUCAUUUUGAUCUUCGCAGGCUGUAAUUUGCUGUCUUCUCUCUUGAUUGUUCUUGUAUCCUACAUGUUUAUUCUUGUGACCAUUCUCAGGAUGAGCUCAACCAAGGGAAGGUACAAAGCCUUCUCCACCUGUAGCGCCCAUCUGACAGUGGUGGUUGUGUUCUAUGGGACCUUAUUAUUUAUUUACCUGCAACCCAAAUCCAGCCAUAAUUUUGGUAUUGAUAAAAUGGCCUCUGUGUUUUACACCCUGGUGAUCCCUAUGCUGAAUCCAUUGAUCUACAGCCUAAGAAACAAAGAAGUGAAAGAUGCACUAAAGAGAAUGUUACCUAAUUAUUUCAGAAUUCUCAAUUAA